UAUAAAUCCGGCUUCGAUUACGAUGCAAAUGCAAACUUUUGUUUACCAGCUUUGAUUAGAUUCUAGCAUAGUUUCGUCCCAUGUUAUUUGCAGGAGGCCGUAAGGGCAUUGUUAUUUUGACUUUUCAGCUGAUUUCUCCAUCACCAGGGUGCCAAAGGUGCUAGGAACAUCUGUCUUGAUUUUUCUUUCGGGAGUUUCGAACCACUCUUUGGUGAUAAUCAAAGUUAAGAAAACUUAAAGAAUUCUUCGAGAUGUCUUCUCCCAGCUCCCAAGCGAUAGCUAGACAUAAAUUCAGGUACCCUAUCGGAGACACAUACGAUGGGGAAUGGAAUAACGAUGGCAGAAAGCACGGAAUUGGUGAACUUACCCUGGUCGACGGAACGAAAUAUACUGGACAAUUUCAAAAUGGGUUUUGUCACGGACAUGGUGUUGCGAAGUUUCCCGACGGUUCCCUGUACGAGGGCGAAUUCGAAAACGGAAAAUACCAUGGCUAUGGAGUUUUCACGCGAAGUGAUGGGAUGCGCUUUGAAGGCAGGUUUCAGAGUGGAAGAGUCGAUGGCGAAGGCCGAAUUACCUUCCCAGACGGGAGCCAUGGGAGACCUCGACAAGAAGGCUAUUUCAUGGGAACUGAACUUGUAGAGAGACAUCGAGUGAACGAAUCAGUUCUCAAAGCACAACAGGCUCUUAAAAUGGCUCGAAAUAUAACGAUUUGAGAAAGAAGUCAUUCCAAGUAACUAGUUGAAAUAAGUUUUAGUUGCUUUAACUUUUUUCUGCCGCAUAACAUGUAAUUACAGUGACGAAGUCAACUGAGGCAUAUUAUGCUCUUACUUAAGUAUUUUAUCUUACGCGAAGCUUUAAGUUAAAUGAUCGUUUAUGAAAAAAAUAAUCUGACAGGUCAAUAUAUAUUGUUACAUCCCUAUGACUUGUUGAGUAUGCAUGGCAUAAAAGAUAAGUCAUCGUGGGAACUUGAUACGGAAAUUUGUCACUAACCCUCUCUCGUGUAAAUAGGAGCUUCCGGUAACCCUAACCAUCCGAAUAUUAGUAUGCGUAUUUUCCAUACUGAUCUCUUUACAUUUCCUAUGGAAAUGGCUGGGAGAAUUUGUUUAACAAACAAGAGCUUCUUCAGGUGGUGAUCAUGUCCUUAAUUCUCAUGACCUCAAUGGUUGAUUCAUGAAUGCUACUGAAAGGAAAAAUUAAAUUUUAAUCACUCCUAACCCUUUAUACCCUACGAUUUUUAUACAUAUCCUCCACACCGAUUUCAAAACAUUUUCUGAACUACUGAUGAGGGAAAUUGUCUACCAGUCAAUAGCUUCUUUGCUUGGCAAUUAUUUCCUUUUUUUCUCUUUACUUUUAUGUUUGAUCCAGGGGUGAUACUGUGAGGAGAAAUUAGAUGCUAUCACUUUUAAGGGGUGAAUGGGUCAUUAUAAUUUUUCCCUCAAUUGUAGUUAUAACUUAAGUCACUGACUUACUUUGGAAACAGUUUUCAUAAAGCAAUUUGUCCCACAGACUUGUGUAUGAAUAAAUUUGCAGUUCACCUUUUAA